AUUGUUUUCAAGGCUGGCUGAGUGGUUGAGAGGGCUACCUGAUUCUUAGGGCUUUAAGACGGGCUUGAAAAAGCUUCGUUGCUGUCAAGUCCCUCUUCUCUUUGCUUCCGACCCAGGUUGACGCGGAAUUGUCUCCCAAACAUGCCUAGGAGCAACGUGUUCAAGCUUGCGGGAGCUGUGGCAGCACUGUUGGGAGUUACCUCCGCGCAGAAUUCCUCGUCGCUACCAGUGGUCGAUCUAGGAUAUGAGCUUCAUCAAGCGUCAAGCUUUAAUGAAUCAGGUGGCUUUUAUAAUUUCUCCAACAUCCGCUACGCGUCUCCACCAGUCGGAAACCUACGUUUCGCUGCUCCAGAAGCUCCAGUAGAAAAUCGGACUUCGGUGCAAACAGGAAACACUGGGAGAAUAUGUCCACAAGCCGGUCCAGUGUGGUCGUCCAUGGCCACGCAAUUUCUAGUAAACAUCCUGCUAGGAUUACCAAACAACGACACGACACCCUACAUCCCCCCUGGUGCUAACACAAGCACCCAAGUCCCACCACAGGAUGCAAGGGCCUCAGAAGAUUGCCUGUUCCUGGAUGUAUUUGUGCCAGAGCAGGUUUUCAGUUCCGCGGGGAAGGGAUGUGGUGCUCCUGUGCUGGUUUGGAUUUAUGGUGGUGGGUAUGUGGUUGGUGACAAGAAUAACAAUCCAGCAGGCCUGCUUGCGGCAAGUGGGAAUGUUACAGAUGGAGAGGUUAUUUAUGUGGCCAUGAAUUACCGGCUUGGGGCUAUGGGAUGGAGUUCUGGGCCAUCGUAUCAGGCGGAGGGUGGGGUUGCGAAUUUGGGGUUGUUGGAUCAGAGAUUUGCGUUGGAGUGGGUGCAGAAGUAUAUUCACCUGUUUGGUGGUGAUCCUGAGAGAGUGACUGUGUUUGGAGAGAGCGCUGGAGGUGGAUCCAUCAUGCACCAAAUCACCGCUUACGGCGGCCUCAAGGGGAAAGUUCCUUUCCAGCAGGCUGUCCCGCAGUCUCCUGGAUGGUUACCCGUCUCUUCGAAUCUCCAGCAAGAAGACCACUACAGACAGCUCUUGAACAUUACUAACACCUCGUCCCUCGCCGAGCUCCGAGCUUUGUCUGAAGAAGACAUGAUCCGGGCGAACUUCCUUCAGGUAACGUACUACUCACCUUACGGAGCCUACACAUACGGGCCGACCGUUGACGGUUCCUUUGUGCCACAACAACCUGGGCAACUCCUGGCACAAGGCCAGUUCGACAAGAGCCUCCGCGUAAUGGUCGGUCAUAACACCAACGAAGGAACAUACUUCACGCCUCCAUACAUCAAGUCCACCGCGGACAUCGUCGCCCAACUCCAUAACUCAUUCCCAUAUAUCCCGGACUCAUCCGUUGACUAUAUCACUAAUACGUUAUAUCCCGCCGUUUACAACGGGACAUACCCAUAUACAACACCCUACACGCGCGCCUCCUUCCUCACCUCGGAAGCCGUCUUCACCUGCAACACCUACUACCUCCAACCCGCCUUCCUCAACCAAUCCUACUCCUACCUCUUCGCCGUCCCACCAGCCUUCCACGGCCUGGAUGUCGCAUACACGUACUACACAGGUGGCGCAGUAUCCGCCAUCAAUCCAUUCGAUGUCAUGAAUCGCACGGUAGCGCUUGCGCUGCAGGACUUCAUUACGAGUUUUGCGAUCAACGGAAAGCCGCAGGCGGAGGGCGUAAGGAGUUUUGAGAUGUAUGGGCCAGAUGCGAAGGUAUUAGAGUUAAAUGUUACGGGUGUGGAGGAAGUUGUGGAUUCGAAUUUUAAUGAGAGGUGCCGGUGGUGGCAGAAGGCUCUGUAUUCUUGACCUUCAACUCCCCCACUUUGUUAGAGUAGGUGGAGGUGGGGGGUUGGGUUGAGGGGAAGCUGUGUCAUGUCUUGUUUACACGACUUUUACAAUAAUUCCAAUGUUAAUGAUAGUCUGAGAUGAAGGAGUACAUUCACGUGCUCAAUCAUCUCAACAUUAUGCGGG